AUGAAAGCAUUAAUUUUAGUUGGUGGAUUUGGUACACGUUUAAGACCAUUAACAUUAAGUAAACCAAAACCAAUUGUAGAGUUUGCUAAUAAAGCGAUGAUUUUACAUCAAAUUGAAGCACUUUGCAAGAUUGGUGUAAAUGAAGUUGUAUUGGCAGUAAAUUAUAGACCACAAUUAAUGUCACAAUAUUUAGAACCAUAUGAAAAGAAAUUAGGAAUCAAAAUAUCAUAUUCACAUGAAACCGUACCAUUAGGUACUGCAGGACCAUUGGCAUUGGCAAGAGAUUUAUUAAAUGACGGCGAACCAUUCUUUGUAUUAAACUCUGAUAUCAUUUGUGAUUUCCCAUUUGCAGAUCUCUUGGCUUUCCAUAAAUCUCAUGGUGGUGAAGGUACAAUCAUGGUAACCAAAGUUGAAGAACCUUCAAAAUAUGGUGUCGUUGUUUAUAAAGAAGAAAAUGGUCAAAUCUUAAAAUUCGUUGAAAAACCUCAAGUCUACGUUGGUAAUAAAAUUAAUGCUGGUGUUUAUAUUUUUAAUCCAACAAUUUUAGAUAGAAUUCAACCAAAACCAACAUCAAUUGAAAAAGAGAUUUUCCCAGCAAUGGCAGCAGAUAGUCAAUUAUAUUGUAUGCAAUUGGAAGGAUUUUGGAUGGAUGUUGGUCAACCAAAAGACUUUUUAUCAGGUAUGGGAUUAUAUUUAAAUUCAUUAAAGUCAAAACAACCAGAACUCUUAGCUACUGGCAAUGGUAUUAUUGGACCAGUUUUAAUUGAUCCAUCAUCUGUCAUUGAACCAGGUUGUUUAAUUGGCCCAAACGUAACAAUUGGUCCAAAUUGUGUUAUUCAAGAAGGUACUCGUUUAGUUAAUACAACAGUUUUAGAGGGUACUACAAUUGGUAAAAACUCUUGGAUCAAAUCUACUAUCAUUGGUUGGAACUCUUCAAUUGGUAAAUGGGUUAGAAUGGAAAAUACCUCUGUUCUCGGUGAAGAUGUUCAUGUUUCUGAUGAACUUUACAUUAAUGGUGGUAAAAUUUUACCACAUAAAUCAAUUACUUCUUCAAUACCUGAACCUGAAAUUAUUAUGUAA